AUGUUCCAAGAAUCAGUAACCUACCUAGCCGACGAAAGUUACCCUUUCGCCGUGGUCGCCAAACGAUACUGGACAGAGGCCUCCGACGAAAAUGGCAGCGACCCUGAAGCCCCCACCUUGAUAUUCCUUCAUUCAACCAGCUUUCACAAAGAGACAUGGGAACCGACACUGACACACCUCUUUCAUCUUCUGGCCGGCUCGUCGCGGGCAGGAAAAAUCAGGGAAGCCUGGGCCUUAGACUGCCCGAAUCAUGGCGAGGCAGCAGCGUUGAACGAAGCCGUCUUCAACCGGCCAGAAUAUCGACAGUCCUUCACUUGCGAAAAGUAUGCCCAAGCCGCACACCGUUUCUUGACCGCAGGGCCUCAGCAUGGCGCGAAAAUCGACUUCCAGCGCCGGAAUCUUGUGGGGAUAGGUCAUUCGCUGGGUGGGGUUGCCAUGUCGGCCUUGCAAGGACUUGAGCCUAGGCUGCCAUUUUCUUCCAUAAUAAUUGUCGAGCCCAUGUUGAGCCCGGAUGGACGCCAUCACCUCGAACGCCUGCGAAAAGUCCUUGUCAAAAGCGCAAAGGAACGUCGACAUGUUUGGCCUGAUCGCAAAUCUGCUAGGCAAUAUCUCGAGGAGAGAAUGGAGCUGCCUAGAAGACAAAAAUGGGAUCCCCGUGUCAUUGAUCUCUUUGUCAAGUACGGCCUAAGAUCUCAUCCGGACGGUAUCACCCUGGCGUGCUCGCGCGAAGAGGAAGAAGGAAUGUACGAAGAUGUUGAGGGCCCAACUCGCCCAGUCAUUGCGUUAACUGCAGCGUGUCAGCGCAUGCCCGUUCAUAUUGCCUUCGGCUGCGUCCCCGACUACGUUCCAUUACAAGUCCAUGAUGCUACGAUCAAUCCUCGAUCCGGACGUAAGUUCGCGAGUAUAACGCGGAUCGAAGGUGUAGGCCACCUGGUCCCGCAAAUCGCACCAGAAAAGCUAGCAAAAGUGCUGUUCGAUGGACUAGCACAGAACUACGCUAUGAAGUCCAAGCUCUGA